AUGAAGACACAUUGGGAUAAAAAAUCUAGAUUAAAGAAUUCGAAACGUGGACACCGUAAAUCGUGCUUGACGCACGAUAUAAAAGAAUACACGAACGGAUGGUUUUACGUUUAUUGCAAGAACACCAGUCUGCACGGUUUUCGUUAUAUAACGAUGAACGGAUCGACGAUGAUCGAGAGUGCUUUUUGGUCCGUGGUCUGCGUAUCGUCCAUCAUAUUCUGCGUUAUACUCAUGCUACGUUUAUGGGAUAAUUAUUCCAACAAUCCCAUAGUGACGACCAUCGAUACGACGAAUCCGAUAUGGAACGUAUCUUUUCCAGGCGUCACGAUAUGCAAUAAUAAUAAAGUUUAUCGUCCGCACGCCGACAUUAUCGCGAAAAAUUUAUAUGCGAAUGGAUUCAGCAUAAAUGAGAGCGACAAAUUUUUCCUUUCCCUCAUAAAGCUAAUACGGCCUGAUAAGAUCUCGAUUGACAAUGUAACUGCGAGUCGGUUUCUCGAUAGUCUUGACACGACGGUCGAAACGCUUAUGGAGCAGUUAAUGCAGCCUUGCAGCGCGUUAUUGGUGAGAUGCGCCUGGAUCGGACAGAUUUACGAUUGCAACAAGAUCUUUAAAACGGUCAAAUCCAGGGAGGGUUUUUGCUGCUCCUUCAAUUCCCAUUAUAAUUUAAACGUCAGGCAGAAUUUCAGCACACUCAAUGAACAGACGGGCGCGCCGGAUUUUAAUUUCACCGAUUUUGACAGUAGCUCCGCGAAUCUGCCGGGUGUGCGCGAUAUUCUGAAAGCGCCGGGGAGCGGUCGCGAUAUCGGGCUUACGAUUGCCUUAAAUGUCGAGCGAAGUAUGUACAAGGCUACCUCGCGCCCUUUCGUAGGGGCUUCUAUUAUGAUACACGAUCCGAUCGAUUUCCCCGACGUUGGUGCACACAUGGCGUCCGUGUUACCUGGACACGUCUCGACGAUAUCUGUCGCCACUACUGCCAUUAAAAGUAUGGAAAGCUUGCGAUAUAUUUCUACAGAGAAACGUCUUUGCUUCUUCGACGAAGAGAUACCGGGCGAAACUCGUUAUAGUUUUCAAUCGUGCAUUUCGGACUGUAUAGCGAAAAAUAUACAGCGACUAUGCGGCUGCUUGCCGUUUUACUAUCCGGAGAUGCACGAAGGAAUAAGGACAUGUUACCUGCCCGACCUUGAUUGUCUUUUGAAUAUUCGAAGAUCGACAGAAUACUGGAAAACGGAAACUUGCAGAAAAUGUCUACCCCAAUGCACCGAUAUGAUGUAUCAUAUCAAUUUAGAAGACAUUAAGAUGGACAAUGUGAAUUUCGAUUCCGAUAUAACACGUGGCUUGGAUAUAAACAAUGUGGCUUUAGUGUAUAUAUUUUUCGGUGAUCUGUCAUAUGUCGAGUAUCGUAAGGAAAGUAUCAUUAAUUGGGAUUCGCUUCUCGCAUCCUUCGGCGGUAUCUUUGGUCUCUGCCUGGGUGGUUCCGUGAUAAGCGUAAUAGAAUUGGUUUAUCUCUUGGCCAGACAAUUCUUUACGAGACAGCUUUCUAAGAGACAAGAGCGAUCGCGUACACGUUUGCCGCCGGCAUCGGAAAUGUUUUUGUCGAUUCCCGCGGAAAGGAAAGACGUUCAGUUACAGAAACCAAGCCAUAAAGAAUCGAAUGACAAACGUGUUUUUGUCACGUGGUGUCAACCAGUCCUUCAUCGCCGUGAAACAUAUUUUGAUCAAGUCAAUUAUCACGAUUAGAAGACUAAGAUCGCUAUUCGAUCGAUUAUUCUCGAAUAUUAAGGAAUAAAAUGUGCGCGUGUUGAUGAAUAUAAUUAUAAUAUUUAUUAAAAUAAGUAGCUUUGUAUGAUUAUCAUAUUAUUUAUUAAUACUUUAAAUGUGACAAAGUUUGUAGAUGAUUAGACAAUCACUGAGUGAUGCAUUACAAUACUAUAAUACAAAUAUUUCACACUUAGCUUUGCCUCCCGAUUGUUGAUUGAAAUAAGCCCUCGGUCUUCUCGCGUAGUUUCUCUUUAUAUUGCGCUGCGGAAGUAACAUAUGCUUCAAGUGCACGAGGAAGCAGGGCCACAGCAAGUAGUAGAGUAUGAAAUUCGUCGAGCUCGCUAGCGCAUUUAAAAGAGUCGCCCACAUACGAAAUCUGCAAAAAUACGACAAACGGGAUGUCCUAAGUAAACCGACGAGAGACAACGAUUUCUGUUGUUUAUCGGAAUACGGGAUCGAUGACAGAAAACAUUGCCUCCUAUGCGUACACAUCCUUUUAUUGUUUUAUCAGAAAAAUAAUUGUACAAUUUUUUUUUUGCGCCACGAUAAACUUUCGAUUGAAAUCCACUCACCUCUCCAUAAAGCUCUCAUGGACCUUGGAGAGAUCUCCCCCGUAAAGGAGGGACAUGGCGCUGCGACGCGACGCUAAAUGAGUUGGCAGCUCGCCCACGAGGAACAGGAAAACAAUGCCGACCAGCAUAA